AUGCUCGCUCGCGGAGACUUUUGCGGCUCUUGGGUGGUUAAGCGGCGCCUCGGCAGCGGAAGUUUCGGCGUGGUCUACGAAGUCGCGAACGUCUACACGCAGGUCGAAGCCGCCGCGAAGCUUGAGAAGGCUUACCGCUUCAACAGUACGCUGUUUUACGAGUCAGCGCUGCUGAAGAAGCUGGGCUUUUGCAGAGGUAUUCCGAAGUUCUUCGAGAUUUUCACGACGGUGUGCAAAGGCGAAGUGUACCACGUGCUGGUGCUCGAGCUGCUCAGCGAGAACCUCGACGCCGUGUUCCGCAGCUACGGCUACAACUUCACGAGCCACGAAGUGGUCUUCUUCGUGCGACAGAUCGUGCUGCUGCUGAAGCUGGUGCACGGCGAAAACUACAUCCACCGCGACGUCAAGCCACAGAACUUCGUGCUCGGCGUCGGCGCGAAUCGCAACCGCGUGUACAUCAUCGACUUCGGACUCAGCCAGCUGUACCGCUCCGAAGGUCGCCACAUCCAGUUCUCUUACCAGAACCGUGUGGUCGGCACGAUCAAAUUUGCGAGCAUCAAUAGUCUGCUCGGCUUCCAGCAGUCGCGGCGCGACGACCUCGAGUCGUGCAGCUGGAUGCUCAAGUAUUUCUGCAGCCGCAGCCAGUUCUACCGCAAAGCUUUCCCCGUGCGGCAAGAACGACUGUCGGUCAAAGCACUCGUGCGGCUGAAGCUCAAAGUAAUUGAGGAGUUGUUCCAAAAAGAGCACCGAACUACAGUUGACCGGUUCAUUCUGUACACCACUUUUCUCGGGUUCACAGAAAACCCAGACUAUAGUUACCUGCUUUCGGUCCUUCAGGUCUUGUUUGAACGGAACGGAGUGGUCGGUCUUUGUUGUGUUGAAAAACUCCGCAGAUUCCAUCGAACUAAUUUGCGGUGUGGAAAACCUACAUGA